AUGUUAUCUGCUCAUCACCUCAUCCCCUCAUCUCCUCAUCCGCUCAUUACCUUAUCUCCUCAUCACCUCAUCCCCUCAUCUACUCAUCCCCUCAAUACCUUAUCUCCUCAUCACCUCAUCUCCUCAUCCCCUCAUUACCUUAUCUCCUCAUCACCCCAUUUUUCUCAUCCCCUCAUCACCUCAUCUCCUCAUCACCUCAUCUCCUCAUCCCCUCGUUACCUUAUAUCCUCAUCUCCUCAUCACCUCAUCCCCUCAUCUCCUCAUCCCCUCAUUACCUUAUUUCUUCAUCACCUCAUCUCCUCAUCCCCUCAUUACCUUAUCUCCUCAUCACCUCAUCUCCUCAUCCCCUCAUUACCUUAUCUCCUCAUCACCUUAUCACCUCAUCCCCUCAUCUCCUCAUCUCCUCAUCCCCUCAUUACCUUAUCUCCUCAUCACUUCAUCUCCUCAUCCCCUCAUUACCUUAUCUCCUCAUCACCUCAUCCCCUCAUCUCCUCAUCUCCUCUUCACCUCAUUACCUUAUCUCCUCAUCACCUCAUCUUCUCAUCCCCUCAUCACCUCAUCUCCUCAUCCCCUCAUCUCCUCAUCCCCUCAUUACCUUAUCUCCUCAUCACCUCAUUACCUCAUCUCCUCAUCACCUCAUCCCCUCAUUACCUUAUGUCCUCAUCACGUCAUCUCCUCAUCCCUUCGUUACCUUAUCUCCUCAUCACCUCAUCCCCUCAUUACCUUAUUUCCUUAUCACCUCAUCCCCUCAUCUCCUCAUCCCCUCAUUACCUUACCUCCUCAUCACCUCAUCUCCUCAUCCCCUCAUUACCUAAUCUCCUCAUCACCUCAUCCCCUCAUUACCUUAUCUCCUCAUCACCUCAUCUCCUCAUACCCUCAUCUCCUCAUCUCCUCAUCCGCUCAUUACCUUAUCUCCUCAUCUCCUCAUCACCUCAUCUCCUCAUCCCCUCAUUACCUUAUCUCCUCAUCUCCUCAUCCCCUCAUUACCUUAUAUCCUCAUCUCCCCAUCACCUCAUCUCCUCAUCUCCUCAUCCCCUCAUUACCUUAUCUCCUCAUCACCUCAUCCCCUCAUCUCCUCAUCCGCUCAUUACCUUAUCUCCUCAUCACCUCAUCCCCUCAUCUACUCAUCCCCUCAUUACCUUAUCUCCUCAUCAUCUCAUCUCCUCAUCCCCUCAUUACCUUAUCUCCUCAUCACCUCAUCUUCUCAUCCCCUCAUCACCUCAUCUCCUCAUCCCCUCAUCUCCUCAUCAGCUCAUCUCCUCAUCCCCUCGUUACCUUAUCUCCUCAUCUCCUCAUCACCUCAUCCCCUCAUCUCCUCAUCCCCUCAUUACCUUAUUUCCUCAUCACCUCAUCUCCUCAUCCCCUCAUUACCUUAUCUCCUCAUCUCCUCAUCUCCUCAUCCCCUAA